GUUUUGACUCCAAACAAUAUCUAAAGGUCUGCACUUUUCCCUGACCUCUAUAUAAAGGACAAAAACUUGUAGAAAAAUAUCAAACACUUUUGCAUCUACACAUUUUCAUAUCAGAAUCUUCAUUAGUUCUUGAAAUUUAAGCAUGGCAGACACCUCUAAUAACCUCAACCGCCACCAUCAAACCUUGGCCAAAUCCCACUCCAGCCGUAAGACAAAUAGUCAUCGCGUCCGUAGUAGGGCCGAUAGCUCUGCCGUGGAAACCUUCACCGAAGAGCGCGGUUACGAUGACUUCAAUAUGGAGGAAGGUGACUCCGAGAUGUGGAACUCUUUUUCCAGCAAUUAUAGAGAAGUGCAGUCGGUGUUGGAUCGAAACAGAUUGUUGAUUCAACAAGUUAACGAGAAUCAUCAGUCGAGAACGCACGAUAGUAUGGUGCAGAACGUGGGCCUAAUUCAGGAGCUGAACGGAAAUAUAUCAAAGGUUGCUUCUCUCUAUUCUGAUUUCAAUACCGACUUCGCAACCAUUGUCUAUCAGCGGAAGAAUGGCGUUUGAGAAAAGACCAAUAACAAGCAUAGCCGCUACAGAGGCUUUUUUAAGUUUCUAUAUUUAAUCUAUUUGCAAUGGCAUAUUAACUUUCUUCUCUCCAGCAAAUUGGAUUAAAAAUUCUGUGUUGAAAUAUUUUUUUGGAAAUAACCAUCCCACAAAUACUUUGGA